AGAGCCUGGGGUCCGUCUGCUGCUGCUGCCGCUGCUGCUGCCGCCGCUUCUCUGGCUGGUUCAUUCUCCAGCGCGUUUUCCUCCUCGCUAGAUGGUGUGCGAGACACCCGAGACUAGACACGCUCCGGACGCGGGCAGCGAGAGCGGAGGAAGGCAAGGCAAGGCAAGGCGGGCGGCGGGAAGAGAGGCGAACGCACCGCUUGCCCGGACCCCGAAAGGAGGCUGCACCCUACCUGCCUGCCUGCCUGCCUGCCUUGGGGGGCUCGUGGAGGAGCCAGAGCCGAGAGCCUUCGCGCAGCCUUCGCGCAGGCAUGGACAUGAUGCUCCUGGUCCAGGGCGCUUGUUGCUCCAACCAGUGGCUGGCCGCGGUGCUGCUGAGCCUCUGCUGCUUGUUGCCCUCCUGCCUCCCCGCCGGCCAAAAUGUGGACUUCCCAGGGACAGCUGUGGAGAACCUGGUGGUCAGGAAAGGGGACACGGCUGUGCUUAGGUGUUACUUGGAAGAUGGAGCUUCAAAAGGGGCCUGGCUGAACCGAUCAAGUAUUAUUUUUGCAGGAGAAGACAAGUGGUCAGUAGACCCUCGAGUGUCAAUUGCAACAGCAAAUAAAAGGGAGUACAGCCUUCAGAUACAGGAUGUGGAUGUGUCAGAUGAUGGUCCGUAUACUUGUUCAGUACAAACUCAACACACGCCUAGAACGAUGCAGGUGUACUUAACAGUCAAAGUUUCUCCAAAGAUAUUUCAUAUCUCAAGUGACAUUGUGGUGAAUGAAGGAAGCAAUGUCACACUUGCUUGCUUGGCAUCAGGGAAACCAGACCCUUCCAUUUCUUGGAGACACAUCUCUCCAUCAGCAAAACCAUUUGAAAGUGGACAGUAUCUGGACAUCUACGGAAUUACAAGAGACCAAGCUGGGGAAUAUGAAUGCAGUGCUGAAAAUGAUGUCUCUGUUCCAGAUGUCAAAAAAGUAAAAGUCACAGUAAAUUUUGCCCCAACCAUUCAGGAAAUAAAAGCCAGUGGUGUGACGCUUGGAGGGGCUGGAUUCAUCAGAUGUGAAAGUGCAGGUGUUCCUUCUCCAGCCUUCGAAUGGUACAAAGGAGAAAGAAAACUGAUCAAUGGACAACAAGGGAUUACUAUUAAAAGCUAUAGUUCAAGAUCACUUUUAAAUGUCAACAAUGUAACAGAGGAACAUUUUGGCAACUAUACAUGCGUCGCUGCCAACAAACUAGGCACAACCAAUGCCAGCCUUCUUCUUAACCAAAUUAUUGAGCCUACUACUACUAGUCCUGUCUCAAGCCCAGCUCCAAGUACGACCCAGCUUGGAAUCACUGGGGGUGCUGAAGUUCUAUUGUCCUGCUGGUACCUUGUGUUGACACUGUCCUCUUACACCAGCAUACUGUACCUGAAGAACAUCAUUCUACAAUAAAUGUAAAGAACCAUGAAAGGCUUUUAAGGAUUCUUUGAAAGUGCUGAUGACUGGAUCCAAUCUGGUAGAGUGUGUUAAAAAGUGGCGUGGGAUAUAAUCAGCAGUGCUUAUAUGGGGAUGAUCGCCUUCUGUAGAAUUGCUCAUUAUGUAAAUACUUUAAUUCUACUCUCUCUUUUUAUUAGCUGCAUUACCUUGUGAAGCAGUACACAUUGUCCUUUUUUUUAAAAAAUGUGAAAGCUCUGAAAUUACUUUUAGAGGAUAUUAAUUGUGAGUUCAUGUUUGUAAUCUAUAACUUUUCAAAAGCAUUCAGUCAUAGUCUGCUGAUUUGCAGAUUGUAGUUUACAUAAAAAGAACCUGAAUAUUGCAGUUAAAAUGUGAUCUUUAAGGCUGCAAUACAAGCAUUCAUUUCCCUCUUUUAAAUAAGAUUCUAUCUUCAUUUACACUGAAUCUUUUUUUAAAAGAAGCUAAAUAAUAUUGCCUUUGAUUCACUUCUUCAAAAAAUAGAAUACAUAUCUAGAUUUUCUUCUAGCAUGAUAUUCAGAUUUCAAGAAUGAGCCUUGUAAUAUGACUGCAGUGUGCAUUCUGCUUUGAUUUUUAUUUUCCUGCCAGUUUGCACGGGUGUGCCUUCAUAAGAUACUGCUUCUUCUCGUCAAGAAACUUGGGAUUUUUAUGGUAGAUGCUAAGCUCAAGGGUACAGAAUUUCUUAUGAACAAAGGUGCUAUUGGCUGUAAAAUGUCUACCAUUGGGGUAAAAGAAUUACUCCAAACACUGAGCACAGCAAAAUAAACCAAUAGUACUUUUUAGCAGUCUAGCAUGUACAACAGAUAUCCCAAACCUGUACAAAAAUAGCAGAUCUCUCUCUGAGAAUUCUUUGUGAA